UUCUUUCAGGUGCUCUCGGUGAACGCACUCGUAUGGUACUGGUCGAUGCGGUUUAUUUCAAGGGCAACUGGAGCGUACAGUUCAACAAAUAUCUCACAGAACCUCUGCCUUUCUACCGACCAUCACAGCCAGCCAAAGAUGUGGACACCAUGCUCGUCAGGGCCAGUUUUAUGUAUGCUGAGAUAAAUGAACUUAAUUCUCAGGUUCUCCUGCUUCCGUACAAGGCCAACAGAAUUAGUAUGCUGAUAAUUUUACCCAGAGAGUUAAAUGGCCUACCAGAUGUCGAGAAGAAUCUUACGAAUGUGUCUCUUCAAGAUAUAGUGUCCAGAAUGUACAAACCUGAAGUAUACGUAUAUUUACCUAAAUUCAAAAUGGAGUAUGCAACAUCACUUUCAGGACCACUCACGGACCUUGGAAUGACUGAAAUGUUCAGUGAGGAGGAUGCUGAUUUUUCUGGAAUUAGCAAGAAACGGCUUAAAGUGAAUGCAGUAUACCACAAAGCUUUCAUAGAGAUUAACGAAGAGGGCACAGAGGCUGCUGCGGCAACUGCCGUUGUCGUUACAUUACCACCAUCGCCUGUACGCCGGACACCUCCGCCUCCAAUAGUUUUCAAGGCAAACCAUCCCUUCCUGUUCUUCAUAUUGGAUCAAAAGACGAGGGCAGUGCUCUUCGCGGGACGCAUCUCCGAUCCUCCAUCAUAAGAAGGCUGCUCUGGUUCAACGUCAUGAGUUUGCCUGCUGCUGAAACCUAAAUUCUCUGUGCUUCUAAUAUAUUUCUGACAAUUGCACUCAAUAUGAUGUAUCAUACAGUCAGAAAUUUAUGUAACCUUGAAUUUUAUUUUAGAUAACGUACUUAAGUACAACAUUGUAUCAAACCUCGUA